UGGUGAUUCUCGGGUUGCUUCGCAACUUGCACGAUCAUUUGUGUUCACAACCAACAGUUGCAAAGCAAGGCUCGCAAGUCGUGGGUUUUGUCGCACGGCUCUUGUGAUCAGGUGCGUUUCGUGCAUCUCCCAUCAUCGUGCGUUCGUUCGAGAAAGUCCAUAGGCCCGGCCAUAGGCCCAGCUGGUGGGUUCGGCGCCAUGUCGGGCUAUGCUGGCGGAAAGGGCCCACCCUUGCAGCCUUCAGUGCUUUGGGCCCAGCGAAAAGACUCGGUCUUCGUCACCGUGGAUGUGAAGGAUGCUGCAGACGUCCACUUCCAGUUGGAGGAGUCAAGCCUCGACUUCGCUGCCAAAGGCGGUGAGGAUGGAUCUGCUUAUGCCUUCCAUUUGGACCUUUAUGCCCCAAUUCGGCGGGAGGAGUCCAAGUUCAGCACGAAGCGAUGCCCCACGUUCUUUCUCCAAAAGAGCUCUGCAGAAAGCUGGCCACGGCUUCAAAAGGAAGGGAAGCUCCCUUGGGUGAAGAUUGAUUGGCAUAGAUGGGCGGACUCGGAUGACGAGGAUGAAAAGGGUGCCUUCGACACCGGUGAUUUGGAAGGCUUGGACUUCGAGGGCCAUGAGGACAAUGGGUCAGAUGAUCGAGACAGUCUCCUAGCCGAUUUGGAUGAGGAUAUUGCAGUCUUCACCGACGAUGAGGCUUCAUGAGACUGAAGACUCCCUCAGCCCUCGGGACGACAAAAAACCUGGCGCGAGCGCCGGUCGAAAGCGGAGAAGCCGGACGUUUGGUCCGGUCGAGGAAGGACUCGUUACUUUUUGGGCG